GUCGGGGCUGCCUCAGCGCUGGCUGAAGGCCGGUCCGAGGCACCCUUAAUUGUGGCCGCGCGCUUCCCUGCUGCUCCUGCUGUUCUCCGCGUCGCAGUGGUGGACUCUGGAGGUGGACCCUUGCCGGACGAGUCGUUGGGGAGGAAUCAUUAUAGAUUCUAAAAAUAUAUUUUCCCUUCUCUGUGGACUUGGUAUAAAACGUAGCUUUUUUUCUAUUUGGAUUUAUUUUCUAAAAAUCAACACCGUAAACCCAUAUCGGAUACAACAAAAUUGGGGUAGUUAAACCAUGAGUUGUGGAAAUGAGUUUGUAGAAACGUUAAAAAAAAUUGGUUAUCCCAAAGCUGAUAAUCUUAAUGGAGAAGACUUUGACUGGUUGUUUGAGGGCGUUGAAGAUGAAUCGUUUCUGAAGUGGUUUUGUGGGAAUGUGAAUGAACAGAACGUGUUGUCUGAAAGAGAAUUGGAAGCUUUUAGCAUUCUUCAGAAAUCAGGCAAGCCUAUCCUAGAAGGGGCGGCAUUGGAUGAAGCUCUUAAAACGUGUAAAACUUCUGAUUUGAAGACACCUAGACUGGAUGAUAAAGAGCUGGAGAAAUUAGAGGAUGAGGUUCAAACUCUACUGAAAUUAAAGAACCUAAAAAUUCAGCGACGUAAUAAAUGUCAAUUGAUGGCUUCAGUAACUAGCCACAAAUCUCUGAGGUUAAAUGCUAAAGAAGAAGAAGCCACUAAGAAGCUGAAGCAGAGUCAAGGAAUUCUAAAUGCAGUGAUCACUAAGAUCAGUAAUGAACUUCAGGCUCUUACUGAUGAAGUUACACAAUUGAUGAUGUUCUUCAGACAUUCUAAUUUAGGUCAAGGGACAAAUCCACUGGUAUUUUUAUCACAAUUUUCCUUGGAAAAAUACUUAAGUCAGGAAGAGCAAAGCACAGCAGCAUUAACUUUGUAUACCAAAAAACAGUUCUUUCAGGGUAUACAUGAAGUAGUUGAAAGUUCAAAUGAAGACAAUUUUCAACUUUUAGAUAUACAGACACCAUCUAUUUGUGAUAAUCAAGAAAUCCUUGAGGAGAGACGACUAGAGAUGGCUAGACUGCAGCUCGCAUACAUUUGUGCUCAACAUCAGUUAAUUCACUUGAAAGCAAGUAAUUCGAGCAUGAAGUCAAGUAUAAAAUGGGCAGAGGAGAGUCUUCAUAGCCUAACCAGCAAGGCUGUGGACAAAGAAAAUUUGGAUGCUAAAAUUUCUAGCUUGACCAGUGAGAUUAUGAAACUUGAAAAACAGAUCACUCAAAUAAAGGACAGAAGUUUACCUGCUGUGGUAAGAGAGAAUGCCCAGUUAUUGAAUAUGCCAAUGGUAAAGGGAGAUUUUGAUCUGCAGAUUGCUAAACAAGAUUAUUAUACAGCAAGACAAGAGUUAGUUUUAAAUCAAUUAAUAAAACAAAAGGCAUCAUUUGAACUUCUACAGUUAUCAUAUGAAAUUGAAUUAAGAAAGCAUCGGGACAUAUAUCGUCAACUUGAAAAUUUGGUUCAAGAACUUAGUCAAAGUAACAUGAUGCUCUACAAGCAAUUAGAAAUGUUAACAGAUCCGUCAGUUUCUCAGCAGAUAAAUCCAAGGAAUACCAUUGAUACUAAGGAUUAUUCUACUCAUAGGCUUUACCAACUUUUAGAGGGAGAGAAUAAGAAAAAAGACUUGUUUCUAACUCAUGGAAACCUUGAGGAGGUGGCUGAGAAAUUGAAACAGAAUGUUUCUUUAGUACAAGAUCAGUUGGCAGUAUCUGCUCAAGAACACUCUUUCUUUCUGUCCAAACGGAAUAAGGAUGUGGACAUGCUUUGUGAUACUUUGUAUCAAGGAGGAAAUCAGCUUUUGCUUAGUGAUCAGGAGUUAACAGAGCAGUUUCAUCAAGUUGAAUCUCAACUGAAUAAGCUAAAUCAUCUCCUCACUGAUAUUCUUGCUGAUGUGAAGACAAAAAGAAAAACUUUGGCAAAUAAUAAAUUACAUCAAAUGGAAAGAGAAUUCUAUGUAUAUUUUUUAAAAGAUGAAGAUUAUCUGAAAGAUAUUGUGGAGAAUUUAGAAACUCAAUCAAAGAUUAAGGCUGUUAGUCUUGAAGAUUGAAAAUUACUGAAAACUGAAUCUUUAUUACAUGUCCUCUUUUAUUUAUUAGAAGACUGUGUAUAAUAAACACUACUAAAUUUUUAAAAUUUGAGGUCAAUGGAACAAUUUCAUUUGAUGAAUUCAAGUAUUAUAUUAAUUUGGCUUUUUUUCUCAUGUAGUACAUUCAGAAUACCAGUGCUUUUUAUGACUUGAGCAUGUGUUUAGUGGUACUUAGUUCUGGUAAUUUUUUACUUACAGGGAAAAAGCAUUAUUAUAUAAUGCAAAUAUUUUUUAAUAUAGUUAUUGCUCUCCUUUACUUUCUUUUUAGAAAUAGAAAUUUUCUGCUGUUAAAUUUUUUUUUUUUUUUUUUUUUUUUUGAGACAGAGUCUCACUCUGUCUCCAGGCUGGAGUGCAGUGGCAUGAUCUUGGCUCACUGCAACCUCUGCCUCUCGGGUUCAAGCGAUUCUCCUGCCUCAGCCUCCCGAGUAGCUGGGACUAUAGGCGCGCACUGCCACACCCAGCUAAUUUUUUUGUAUUUUUAGUAGAAACGGGGUUUCACCAUGUUGGCCAGGAUGUCUCAAUCUCUUGACCUUGAUCCCCUCUCCUGGCCUCCCAAAGUGCUGGAAUUACAGGCAUGAGCCACCACGCUCAGCCGCUAUUAAGUAUUUUAAAAUGUGUAGAACUUCUAGUCAGCAUUUUUAAAUCUGUAGACCUUAAUAUGUGAAAUAGCCAAGUCCCCUCAUGUUUGACUGUCAAAUAAAAUUCUGCUGCUCAGAUUGUAUUCCUCCAUAAUUCCCUGCUAUAGACCUUUAGGCUGUUUUAAUGUCCCUACUUGUACCACAGAGUAUUAGGACUUCCUUGGCCUUCUUUCAUUCAUUUUAGAGUCUGAAUUCUGGGGACUCAAAAGUUACUACAAGACAGCUCAGCAGUGCUUUGACUUUAAUGUGACUUACACAUCAUAAAUGACUUUCAAAUGAAAUUUGAAUUUCAAAAUUCUGUAAAAGUGGUUGCUCAAAAGAUGUAUGAUACUAUUUUAAUCAGUUUAAGAGCAAAAAUGUUUCAUUGUAUUUAACAGUGGUAUUUGGGCAACCAGAAAAUAUUUUAAGCGUUGCUCUAAAAUAAUUUGAAGUAGCUCAUCUGUUACUACAUCAGAUGCUUCUUGAGUGCCCAAUUUAUACAUGGCCUGUGAUAAAUACCAUGUGAGCUUUGUAGGAAUACCUUUAAGAAUAUUCCUCAUCUGUUUGUAAUAUAGAAUGCCAAUCUAAAAACUACAUGUUUUGGGUGGUCUUUAUGGAACUUUUUAGCUAUAACCGUCAGAAAACAGGCAUACCUAGAUGACAGAUGAACCUUCUUGAUUUUUGAAACCCAUUGAACAAAAAUAUUUUGCCAAUUACUGUGUUUAUGUUAUUUAAAAUUUUAUGUAAACCUUAAUUUUGUAGCAAUAAAUUUUGUUUAAGAUUUUGCUGUCAGCUCCCUA